AUGCAGAGUUACUUUCUGUACUCAGCAUUACUGGCGUUACAAUUAUUAGCAUUGGCGCCUUUAGCAGGGAUGGUGUGCAAUCCAGAAAAAAUUCAGCGUGCAAAUAUAAGUGACUUGAAGAACCUAACACCGUUCUGGUUGGUGGCAGCCCUGUACAUGACGACUUCUCCAGAACCGAUAACUGCUAGAUCACUUCUUCGUGUUUAUGUCAUAGCUCGAAUAGUGGCCGCCUUGGGUUACAUUUACAAGCUACCCAGAAUUCUCACGGACUCGGCGUUCUUCGUGUCAUUUCUUAUAACAGGUUAUAUGGGAGCAAGUGUAGUAUAUGCGUAUAGGGAAGCGCUGUAG